AUGGGGGACUACGGUACUGCUCCAUAUAUACUCCCCACUGUCGACCCCUCGCUUAAAGAGAUAUCUGUUCUAAUAACCGGCUUUGGGCCCUUCAAGACAAACCUUGUGAAUGCCUCUUAUCUAAUCGCCUCCUCUCUUCCAUCGUCUUUUCUUUUCCCAGAUGACUCGGAUUCACGAGUCUCACUCCAUGUGCAUCCCACUCCAAUCCCAGUGGCAUAUGCCACUGUUCGAGAGGCUCUUCCAUUAAUUCUGGAGAAGUUUGUUGCCUCUCAUGGUCGCAGACCUGAUCUCAUUAUUCAUAUCGGCAUCGCUGCUCCGCGGCAAUAUUACUCCGUCGAAACUUUAGCUCACCGAGAUAACUAUAAUAUCACCGAUGUCAAUGGUCGCCCCGGCUAUGUGGAUGGCGAGAAGCGAUGGAAAGAAUUAGGUCUGCCGCCCAUUCUGACCCCAGGUCGUGCUACAGACGAUCCCUCCUCUGCUUCGCCUUACCAACCCGAGGACCAGUUCCUGGAGACGUGGCGCUCUUUUGCUCCCAAAUCGGAUCUCCGGAUCUCCAAGGACGCAGGUCACUAUCUGUGUGACUUUAUUUUCUAUACCAGCAUGUCUUUGGCCCACUUACAAGGGCAGGACCGCAAUGUUCUGUUCCUCCAUGUCCCUGGGGGGUCUGAGGAUGCGGAUAUUGAGCAAGGCCGGGUUGUCACACUCGCCCUAAUUAAGGCAAUGGUCACAUGUUGGCUUGGUAAGAAGCAUUCGGCAUAA